AAAUUCGAGAACUAUCUGUACUGGGGAAUUAGGAAGGAAUUGUUUUUUUUUUCGUUUCCUCGGAUUGAAUUUCUUUGGGUUUCACUUGCAGGAGAUACUAGUGUUUCUCGUGGCCUCUCUCUUGAGAAGAAAAUUGAGGCCCUUGAGAGCCUGGCGGGACAAUUAUGGGUAAAGUUGAAGGACAGGGUGAAUCUUGGCAUGGUCAUGUGACAGCCGCCACAGUCUCUCCAGAAUAUCUCAGGCAGCAACUCGCAUAGAAACUGAUGAACCUUCUCGAAGAUAUCAGUGAUAAGAUCAGCAAAGGAGAAGCUAGUGAAGAAUUGCAGUUGCUGAAAUCAGGCGCUUCUGGUUUUGUUAUUUCGUUGAAAGAUCUGCGUUCUUCUAGGGAUGUAGCUCUUCGCCAGUGUCUUGAUGGAGCUUAUGUUAUGGAGGAAGUCUCCCUUCUAAUUGAUGCUGUUUCUCGGAUUUAUGAGCCGUUUCUGAUGGUUAUAGUGGGGGAAUUUAACUCUGGAAAAUCAACGGUUAUCAAUGCACUUCUUGGGAAGAGAUACCUGAAAGAGGGGGUAGUCCCCACUACCAAUGAAAUCACUUUUCUGUGCUACUCUGACUUGGAAUCCGAAGAGCAACAACGUUGCCAAACACAUCCAGAUGGCCAAUACGUAUGCUAUCUUCCUGCACCAAUACUUAAGGAUGUUGCGUUUCUCCGGUACACACAGCAGUGGAAAAAGAAAUUUGUGUUUAUUCUGAAUAAAUCUGAUAUCUACCGUGAUGCUCGUGAGCUUGAGGAAGCUAUUUCAUUUGUUAAAGAGAAUACACGGAAGUUGCUUAAUACAGAAAAUGUGAUAUUGUAUCCGGUGUCCGCACGGUCUGCUCUUGAGGCAAAGCUUUCAACAGCUUCUUUGGUUGGCAGAGAUGAUCUUGAGGUCUCGGAUCCUGGGGGAGACACAUCUAGUCCUUGUGUUACAGAGAAUGAUGGUAAAGUCACAGAAGCUAGUGGACAGGUGUCUCCUCCCACAGGUUGUGUUAAGAAAUUGCCUAGUAGGCGAGCUGGAGUUAAUAAAGAGCCUGUUAAGCGAGGAGGAGUGAAGAAAGAGGCUGCUCGAAGAUGUGAGAGUGCGGUUAAGAACAAGAAAGAUGAUGAAGCAAAAAAGGAUGAUGGAGACAAUAUUGAGAUGUUGAAAAUUUUCAUAUUGGAGCAACACUUAGAGACAGUAAAAACACUGAAGGCAGAGAUUCAUAAUUGUUUUGCUGGGCUGACUAAAUGUGCAUGUGGUGGACUGCAAUCUCCAAAAAACCACACCACAUUGCAUCAGAAAGUCGGCAAGUCUGAUGUUCAGGCCACUACUAAGGAGGGACGUCCAGAGACUACAACUGACGCCACUGAGAGAUGGGAAAAAACUGCAAAUGAGGCCUCUGACACUGAGGGUGGACAGGAGGAGGGUGUACAUGUGGAGGGUGGACAGGCCAUUAAGGAAGGACUUCCAGAGACUACAAUUGACGCCACUGAGAGAUGGGAAAAAACUGCUAAUGAGGCCACUGACACUGUGGGUGGACAGGUGGAGGGUGUACAUGUUGAGGGUGGACAGGCCACUGAGAUGGAGGGACGUCCAGAGACUGCAACUGACGCCAGUGAGGGGUGGGAAAAAAGUGCAAAUGAGGCCACUGAGACCGAGGGUGGACAGGAAAUGGAAUUUGAAACCGAAUGGGGAUCGGGUGAUGAUUCACCGUUUGCUGAACACAAUGCACUUACCAUUUUGCCCUCUGGUUUAGAAGAUGGGAAUGAAGCAAUGAUUACGGAGCCGGUAACUGAUGAAAUAGAUACAUGCGGAGAGGGAGAGGUAAAUAAUUCUUCGUCUCCUCAAACUCCUGAAGAGUUGGUCACGAAGUCGAAGAGAGUGCCACGUGCUUCGAUAUUCGUCAAGGGAGGAGAGUGUACUGGUGACGCCAAGUUAAAAGCUCUAAUCACAAGCAAGCGAAAAACACCAGAUUACCACCCCAUAUCCCGUGCAAACUUGGAGGAAUAUGACGAGUUCAAAAACAUGUUGGAGGAGAAUGAGGAGAUGUCGUAUACAAUUGUAACUAAACACACAAUAACCAAUCGGCAUUUCCUGGACAUAGCUGAGGCACAAAACCCUUUAAAGACAGAGCAUAUGCAGGUAAUAAUGUCUAUGCUGUGGCGCAGAAGGGAAGACGUGUACACCAGAGGAAGAGCAGUUUUCAUUGAUACAUGGUUUUUGACCCUGUUAAAAAAGAAGUACACCGAAUUCAAAGGGUACAAGAAGAAGUUGAAGUUCAACUGGGGGGUGAACGUGAGAGCAAUUGUUACUGGCAAAUCAAAGGGGCGGUUACCAACGACGUUUCUGAAAAAUGUUUACCUGGUGUACAUCCCUAUGAAUUGGUCCACCACACACUGGGUAGGUUUGGUAAUUAACUUGAUGCAAGGUACAAUAGAGGUCUUAGACCCUCUCAUUGAUGCUAGCUCAGACGAGGAGGUAAUGUCUCUGAUGGCGCCUGUUGUAGAGAUGAUUCCAUGGUUGGUGAAGGAUGCUAUAGCUAAGGAGUAUACUCAGAAAUUCUCAACAAAACCACUAACAUGGAAGAGGGUUGCAGGACUAUACCAGAACAAGAGAGGAGGUGACAGUGGACCAGUACUAGAUUUGGGUGGUGUACUCAAGAAUAGCAUCUCUAUGCUCUUCGCCGUGGGAUUCAGAUUCUCUCGCCAAGUGUUUUUCUUGGAUACGGCGAGACCGGAGCUUUGCGUUGACGCCGGAGCCGAUAAAGAACACGACGGCGGAAGAAUCAACAAUAGUAGACGGACUAUCAACUGUAGCAGUUGUGGUUCGACCUGAAUAUGUCUCCGAACUCCUGAUUUUGCUGAACGACACCACCACUUCCGAUCUGCCGCCGCUGUCACUGAUCUAUAUGUUUUACAUGCAAAGUUAUUAUUAAUAAAACAUGUAUCAUUAU